GCGAGCUUCGAUGUUUGAAAUGACUGCCUCCGGACUCGAUGAAUAUUGUACUUUUCAGGCAGCACAUUGUAUUGACCUAAAAAUGUCAUUGAUUGUAUAAUAUUGCCCUCAUGGUUGUAUAGCCGCUGCAUUAAUGGAACCACUGUGUCUGCUGUGAUCCCUAACUUUUGUACCUCUGUUCUGAUCAUCUGCAUUGUACGUGUUGUAUUUAUCACUGUGUCUGCUGGGAUCCCUAACUUUUGUACCUCUGUUCUGAUCAUCUGCAUUGUACGUGUUGUAUGUAUCACUGUGUCUGCUGGGAUCCCUAACUUUUGUACCUCUGUUCUGAUCAUCUGCAUUGUACGUGUUGUAUUUAUCACUGUGUCUGCUGGGAUCCCUAACUUUUGUACCUCUGUUCUGAUCAUCUGCAUUGUACGUGUUGUAUGUAUCACUGGAGUUGUCGAGGAAAUGCUACAUCCGCCAAUUUCCUAGGGUCCGGGUUAAUCCUUGGAGAGAAACUAUUGGCGACAUAUAGGAUGUACCACUGAAACACGUGGGUGUGACAGAAGAUGGGAGGUGCUUCAUCAAGUUUUCAAUUUUCUGACGAGAGAAGCCGAUAUGUACAGAAAUCCAUCAAGAGAGCUACUAAAGAUAGCCAAGACGACAUCGAUUCUUAUCCAGUACCAGCGAAGUUCGACUACAACAUAAACCCAGCGGCGGAGGAUUAUCCGUUUGAGAAUGUUGUUUUAGACGGCGGCGGACUCAAAUCCAUUGCCUAUAUAGGCGUCAUUAAGGCCCUCGACGAUGCCAACAUUUUGAAGACCAUUGACAGAUUUGCUGGGGCGAGCAUGGGUGCUUACGUGGCAAUGCUAAUGGCCUUGGAAUGUACCAACGAGGAAAUAGAAAAAGUACUGAUGAGAAGCCCUCGAGCGAUGUAUGAGUCGCCUGCAUGCUGUAUCUCGUGCAAUGUUCUGUCUAACUAUGGAUGGCAUUCAUUUCAAAACGAAUACGAAUUCAUGGGUAAAAUCAUCGAAGAUAAACUCGAAGAUAAGGAUGCUACAUUCUUAGACUUGUAUAUCAAGAAAAAGAAAGAAUUGUGUGUAGUCGUAACAAAUGUCAGCCACAAAGAGGAGGAGUAUAUGCACGUGAAAACCACUCCGCUCAUGCCUAUCCGAGAGGCCAUACGCAUGUCCACAAGCUACCCAGGCUUCUUCCAGCCAGUCGUUUACCAACUGAAUGGAAUAGAGACUUACAUGGUGGAUGGUAGUGUGAUAUCUAAUUAUCCAGUGCAUUGCUUUGAUGGUUGGUGGUUGUCGAUGAAAAAGGAAGACUCGUUUUUUAACAUGCUGCGAGAGUUUUACGAUGUACCUGUUGUUAUUGGGAAGUUGGAGAGAUUCAGAUCACGAGAGCAAGACAAGGACAAGACUGUUGGGUUUGCAUUGUACAAUGACUCUGAUAACGAUCUCUUCAAAUCGUUUUUCGAACACGACCCAGGAUACGCAACUGUGACAUAUCCGGAUACACCUUUGGGCAGAAAGGCCGAACACAAUCAAAGGAUAAAGAAGGAGGAGUCAACUGUGAAAGAGUCCUUCAGACGAUUGAUGGAGGCAAUGAGGAAAAGAGACAUAGUUGAAAACGAGUCCAUUCCAGUACCGACACUUCGAGAAAUCCUGAGUGAUGAAAGGUUUACAAGUCAUCAUCGGGAAACUUUGUUUGGAAAAGGUGUGACUGUUGAAGAUAUUUUGAAACGAUUUGACACUCAUAACAGCGGAUGGACAAAUGAAAGGUUCGUUAAGCUCUUGGAAGGAAUAGGAUUUGAUAUUCUUCAUGGAAAGUUCCUUGGAGAGGCCAGUAAAAUAGAUAAUGCGUUCUCUUACGGUUCAUCGGUUCUACAGGCGGUGACCAGAACUUGUGACAGACUGUACCUGAAAGAGGAGGACCUUCAUAGGACUGUAGGUAUCAAUACACAUCACAUCGGUACCUUCUCAGUGGAUAUAAAGAAGGAGGACAAAGAAUUCAUUAUACAGACAGCAUAUGAUGCAACCAUGGACUUUUUAAAAAAGUAUACCAAAGAAAGGAAGAAUUCCGUUUCGAGAGCGCGAGGCAACACCGAGAUUUCACACCUCCAGGCUGGGUUUCAAACGGAAGCGGUGACGUAUGCGCGUGUGUGAGAUACUCUGAGGUUUUUCUGUACUCAGUUGAACACUGUCGCUGUAUUCAAAUGAAUAUACUGUUCAACAUAACAUUAGCUGUAUCUUUUUAAGCAUUGAGUUGGGGGAUCAUUGUAAUAUUUUCAUACCCCCCCCCCCCCUAUUUUUCAUACAAUCUGCAAGUAAUAUCAAUAAAAUUGUACAUGAGAAAACAUUUUGCGGUUCUAACAUGUAUAGAAAAUGUAUACAUUCGAAUAAUAGAAUUGAAUUAUAGUGAAAAUUAAAAA